CCGGUGUGCAGUCGGCCGCGGGAACCGGAGAGCCUGGGGGACGGGUGUCGGAGACGGGCGCUGCCGCGGUGAAGGCCGUCACGAUGAACACCGUGCUGUCGCGCGCGAACUCCCUGUUCGCCUUCUCGCUGAGCGUGAUGGCGGCGCUCACCUUCGGCUGCUUCAUCACCACCGCCUUCAAGGACCGGAGCGUCCCGGUGCGGCUGCACGUCUCGCGGAUCAUGCUAAAAAAUGUAGAAGACUUCACUGGCCCGAGAGAAAGAAGUGACCUGGGAUUCAUCACAUUUGAUAUAACUGCUGAUCUAGAGAAUAUAUUCGAUUGGAACGUUAAACAGUUGUUUCUUUAUUUGUCAGCAGAGUAUUCAACAAAAAAUAAUGCUCUGAACCAAGUUGUUCUUUGGGACAAGAUUGUUUUGAGAGGUGAUAAUCCGAAGCUGCUUUUGAAAGAUAUGAAGACCAAGUAUUUUUUCUUCGAUGAUGGAAAUGGCCUCAAGGGAAACAGGAACGUCACUUUGACGCUAUCUUGGAAUGUGGUACCAAAUGCUGGAAUUCUACCUCUUGUGACAGGAUCAGGACAUGUAUCUGUGCCAUUCCCAGAUACAUAUGAAAUAACGAAGAGUUACUAAAUUAUUCCGAAUUUGAAACAUAUUUUUAUACGUGAUGAAUUGCAUCUCAUCUCUUCCCUGUAUCUUCAUUUGUUUUUGGUUACUUUUUUCUUUUUCUUUCUGUUUUGGUGUAAGAAAGACUAACAUCAGAAGACAUAGUUGAAAGGUUAUGGGCUUCUUAGGCUUAGCUUUGCAAACAAAGACUGCCAGAGAGCAGUAUAAAAACCAGACAUCUGCAUAGGGAGAACUUGUGAGCAGGGCAGGUUUGAAGUAUUUCAUGAUUUGCAUUGUCUUAUGGAAUAUAAAAUGAGCAUAAAGGGC